CACAAGUAAACCUGCAGUCAGAGCAAAGUGCUCUUUUUGGGUGAUAUAAAUCAUGACCUGGUUGCUCAGAAAACUUAACAUUGUGACCAAGAACCAUUUUAAUUGUUACUGAACUACACCCUGCAGACGUAUCACAGUGCAUCUACUGAUGAUGACGUGCUUGUGCUCUUGACAGGGUGACAGGAUUUAAUGUAAACGUUAAGGACUCCCCAUCGGCUGAGCUAUAAUGUCAGGUAGCUGUGAGCUUCCUUUAGCUGGCGGAUGUAGACAGCAGAAAGAAAGUAGUUUUUUUUUUGUUUUUUUUGUUUUUUUUUAAAUGUCACCCGAUCAUGUUUUGUGCUUUGAACACAGAGUGAAUGCCAUCUAGUUCCAUUAAAUGAGGGAAGAAAGAAAUUUCACAACUCUCAUCCAAACAGUCUUUACAACUGGAGUGUCUGCAUGCCAGAGGGAAAAUGUAUGUUUGAUAUUGAGAUGAUUUGAGAUGUUACUAUUUCCAUACAGAUUGGAGAUUUUGGAUUUGUUAUGCCACGUCUGCCUCGUCACAUUUUCUAUUUUUUAUUUUUUUUCUUGCAUGUUUUGUUUUGGCAGUGACGGCUGUAUUUAACCACAGGUUUGCUUGUCCUUCUGGCCGUCCAAGUGUCCCUUCUCCCUCACAUUCAUACCACUCACUGUCAUUCAAACUGAAAAAUGUUCUCUUCUUCUGCGCCUCUGCAGCAGCUGAGAGCCAACAUGAGAGAGAUGGAGAAGCUGUGCACUCGGGUCCGUGCUGAAGACGCCGACGCUCUGGAAGCGCUCAUCAAGCCGGUCAGAGACAGGGCGUCAGCCGCUGCACAGGACUUCCUCCGUUUGCACUCUAACCCCGAGCCUCAGCCCGCUCCAGCGUCACCACCUGCCACUCAUUCAUCCAGCUGUGCAUCCAGUAGCUGCCACACUGAUGACAAUACGGGCGACGUACCAGGAUUUGGCAGGCAAAGCCAGGUCCAGCUCCCAGAAAUCCCUCCUGAUCAGAGAGCAGCUGAGUCCUGGGAUAACCUGGAAGAGGAUCUGAAGGAGCUGAGCGGUUUGGUGACAGAGUUUUCUAUCCUCGUCCAUUCCCAGCAGGAGAAGAUUGACAGCAUAGAGGACAACGUCAACACAGCCGCUGCCAACGUGGAGGAGGGGACCAAGAGCCUGGGGAAGGCAGUUGGCUACAAGUUGGCGGUGUUGCCGGUUGCCGGGGCGCUGCUGGGCGGUGUAUUAGGAGGCCCACUUGGCCUGCUGGCUGGCUUUAAAGCUGCAGGGGUAGCUGCCGCCCUGGGAGGCGGCGCCCUGGGAUUUGCUGGUGGCAACCUGGUCCAGAAACACCGCCGAGCCAACGUGGAUCUACAGAUGAAACAGCUGACGGCGACACCAUCACCACCACCAACAGAUGAACCAGAGGCGAGGAAGGACAAAUGACCCAUCAGCCCCUGGUGUUCCACUGACCUAUCACUGACGGUCCUGUAUUGACUGACCAAUGAACACCUCUGGUGUUGUUGAGCUUCAGAGAGACUGAAUGUCGGGUGCUCGCCUUAAACAUCGCUGUUACCAAGCACUGUGUAAAACAAUUAUGUAAUGACGGCCUUAAUUAAGAGUCACAUGCUGAUGUUCCAGGGUGAAUGGUGUUUCUGUGGGGAUGUUUGUUUUAUACACCACUGAUUUUAUGUUCUGAACACAGCACCAGUUAUUUAUACUUCAGGGUUUUUUGUUUUUUUGUGCUUUUUGACUAUUGAGCACAACUCUCUACUAAAAAUAAUGUUCAGCACUCAAAUCAAAUUACUUUAAGACGGUUUUAUCAGACCCUACCAAUAAUGUGAGCAGUUAAUCCAUGUUGCUUAGGCUCAUUUCCAGGGUGUUCAGGUUUACCGAUGGCUAUGCCUCAGUUGUUUGAUGCAGAUAGUAAUGUGAACAGCUUUGUGUAAAUUUAAGUGAUACUUGGUUUUUAUAAAUUAUAUUGAUGCACAAAGUGCUACUGUCCAUAUCUUAUCCUGCUGCUGCCAAAUAAAACAUUUCUUUUUAA